UGGUUUUUGUUUUUUCAACGGAGAAAUCGCGCGGCGUGUGUUUAGUUGUCCUGAUGUAGCUAACCUAAACUUUCUGUGGUACAUACUAGCAAGAAAUAAACGAACACAGCAGGUCUUUUGGAAGAAAAACCCUCAAAAUUUCACAAUGAGUGACGAUGCGGACUCCCCUCCUGAGAGGGAAAUGAAGGAUUUUCAGUUUCGUCAGAUGAAGAAAGUCAGAGUGUUUGACCCCACCGAAGAUUUGCCAAAAGACAGAUCCAGCCUCCUUGCCAUCUCAAAUAAAUAUGGCUUAACUUUUGUGGGGCUUGACAGAACUCUCAAGGUGUACUUAACUCGAGAUAUUCUGGCUGCUGAUAAAGGUGAUGGCAACUCCAACGAAAUAGUCAAAGGAAUACCAGCACUGACUGAAGUGACCGUGGAACUAAUUUUGCACCACGUGGCUCUCAGUUGUGAUGAGCUCACACUGUCCAUGUGUGGCAUGUCUGAGGAAGCUGGCUUGUUGCUCACAUUCUAUGAUGUCCGCACGUUCAUGAACAAGGGAAAACUACAGAAGCUACCAUUUGCAUCGCACCAGCCAGCUGUAGCACCUGACGUCUUAGUGCAGGACCUGAAGUGGAAUCCUGCGCAGGUGUCUGUGUUGGCUGUCUGCCUCUCUGAUGGCACUAUAAUGAUUUUGGAUGUUACUGACAGUGUCAAUGUGCAGGCCAGGCUGCCUUCUUCAAGUGGAAUUACCUGCAUUUGCUGGAGUCCAAAGGGAAAGCAAGUUGCAGCUGGAAAAAUGGAUGGUACAGUCACACAAUAUACACCAGGACUGGAGGAAAAGAAAGUUAUCCCAUGUCCACAGUUCUUCACCCCUGGCGAAACUGUAAAAGCUGUGGAUGUGCUGUGGCUGAAAACCUAUGUGUUUGCAGUAGCAUAUGCUGCUGGAGAUGGCUCACUUGAGACCCCCCCUGAGCUAGUGUUGAUCUCACUCCCUAAGAAGGAUGAGAAAGUGGAGCCAAAGUUUCUGAACUUUGGUGAAUUUGUUUUUGGAAGCUGUACGGAGCGUCAGCACCACUACUUCCUCAGUCACGUAGAGGACUGGGACCUUGUGUUUGCAGCAUCAGCAGCUUCCAUUGAGGUCAGCGUCAUUGCCAGACAAGACGAUAAGAUGUGGGAAGUUUGGCAACUAGAAGAUUCGAGCAGGGCUGAGCUUCGAGUGACUGAAACAAAUGAAGACACUUUGCCCCUUGGCUUAGCUAUAGAUUACACCAGCCAGCAGGAAAUCCACAUAACUGAUGAGAAGACCUUGCCCCCAGCGCCCACAAUGCUAAUGCUUUCCACUGAGGGAUUACUUUGUCCAUUUGCUCUACUCAACCUCAAUCCAGGGGUUAAGCAGCUAGUCGUGGCUCCUUCUAAUCUGGCCUUGGAAGGGGAAAGACUUCCCAAACCUGGCUCUUUAGCAACCCAACCACCCAAAAUUGCUGCCUCAAUCCCAUCUGCCCCAGCAGCAUUUCCAAGCCUUGGUCUUACUCCAGCAGCUGCUUCCAGUUCUCCAUCCCCUGCUACUUCUUCUGCCGCUGCACCGUUCAGCAUUGUUCCAAAAGCUCCUGUGUCAUCAGCAGCAUCAGGCUUCACUUUCUCCAUCCCAACUACCUGCUCCAGUUCAGGCCCUUCAGCUUUCUCCCUGGGGGGUUCUGCACCUUUUGGCUCAGGGUCAUCCGGCUUCUCUUUUGCUUCGAAACCUCCCUCUGACACUCCCUCUGCACCUUCAGCUUUUUCUUUCAACAACCUUUCUGUCAAACCAUCAGCAGCACCAGCUCUAACUCCUCAGAGUCUUGCUAAACCAUCAGCAGCACCAGCUCUAACUCCUCAGAGUCUUGCUAAACCAUCAGCAGCACCAGCUCUAACUCCUCAGAGUCUUGCUAAACCAUCAGCAGCACCAGCUCUAACUCCUCAGAGUCUUGCCACCCCUGCGUCCCAGUCUGCAGUGAAACUGAAUCUAAAUGACAGAUUUUCAACAGUGGAGACUACACAACCUCCUUUCUCCUUUAACUCCCCACUGUCCAAAACGGUUGCCACGACUUCCAGUAGUUUAACUGCCCCUCCUUCUUUGGCCAGCAAACCACCAGCUAUUUUAGCUCCAGUGCAUCCAGUUCAAACCAGUGUCUCUCCAGCAGUUGUCCAGAAACCUUCUCCUGCUGUCCAGACCCGUACCCAGGCUCCACAGCAGGCCGGUGUCAGUGUGAAGGCCCUGGAGAAACAGCUACAGCAAAGGAAAGACUCUGAUCCCAUCAUGGCUGGCAUAUUGGAGGAGAUCGCACACUUCCAGAAGGAAUUGGAUGACCUUAAGGCACGAAGUGCAAAAGCUGACUUUAAGGUUGGUGCUGAUGAGGAAAUGAAGGAGUUGAGGAAAGAGUCGGAAGACCUCCAUAUUUUCACCCUGGAAAUCAAGGAAACUACAGAGUCACUCCAUGGUGACAUUGGCACACUGAAAACUUCGCUACUGGAAGGCUUUGCUGGGGCAGAAGAAGCCAAGACCCAGAGUGAACUGAGCAAAGACAGAAAUUACAGACAGCUACUUUACAAAAAGCCUCUGGACCCACGCAGUGAGGAACAGCUCAAGGAGAUUCGAAGGCUAUACCAGUAUGUUAUGUUCACUGUGGAGGAUGUUAAUGAUGUCUUGGAUGUGGAAUGGGAGAAACACUUGGAGAAGAAGAAAAAGCAGAAACACAUGGUUGUGCCUGGACGUGAGGGUCUGUUCACUACACUGUCCAACAAUCUGUACAUCAUCAACCAGCAGAAGAACAGACUGGACCAGCUGGUUAAGGAGCUCAAUUCACUACGCCUCUACAGCAAAACAACCACUCCUGCUAGAAGUCCUGUGACAGCAACGACAGCUAGUUUGGAAAAUGACCUUGAGACUUUAAGAGAUGCUCUCCUGAAAACCAGGCUGGACCCUACCCCUUCUAAGACCAAAUCUCCAGCUGUCAAGAUAUCACCAGUUAAACAGUCCCAGCUGCGCAACUUUCUCUCAAAGGGACAGAUGCCUCCUGUCCGCUCAACUGCACCAGCCAACCUAUCUCGCUCAGCCUUCCUUUCACCUAAAUACUACGAGGACUUGGAUGACGCGAGUUCAACAUCUUCCCUGUCCCAGUCCCUGGAGCCUCACCCGCCUCACUUGGAGCAGGAAGAAGAGGAGCUGCAGACACGGCCCCCUCCCAUGUCCUCCAUACCUCCAACAUUGUCCACCCCCCGCCACCCAACCGUUGUGAGGACCCCCUCUAUUCAGCCGGGCUUCGGAGCCAUCCAGUCCACCCCUUUAUCUAAAAUUCAGUCAGGACAGGGUAUGGGCUUUGGACUCAGCCCUAUUGCCAGCCCCAUUCCAACAAAUAAGAUCAACCUCAGCGGGGCUGAGAGCACGGCUCUCGCCACAAAGACAGUCAAGCAUGGAGCUCCACCAACCGAGAGGACCGCACCCAUCACCAUCUCUGCCCAGCAGGCUGCAGCCAAUGCUGCUUUACGCAGACAGAUGGCCAGUCAGUUGGCUGUGAUCAAUACUUCACUGACAGAGUCCACCUUGAAGACUGUUCCUCAGGUGGUCAAUGUUCAGGAGUUCAAAGACAAGGGGACUCCUGUGGUGGUUCCUUCCAACAUCAGCUCCUCGGUACCAGAUCCAGGAUCUCAGGUCUUUGCAACAGUUUCUUCCAGUCAGGCCAAACGGAAUCCUGUCCAGGGUGUCCAAAAAAUGCCUGCAGAGACUACAACCAUCCCACAGAGCAGUUUUGUUUUUGGUCAGCCGUCCAAAACUGAUGCUUCUGUUGCUACUCCUAGCUCAGCUGAGCAAACCAGCAGCAAGGGUUUUUCUUUCAAUUCAGUGUCCUCAAGCUUCAGUUUUGCUUCAGUUACACCAGGAGCUGGAAUGCCACAAGUGAAAGAUGCAAGUAAAUUCUCUUUUGGUGGAAAUGGUAAGAUGGUGUUUGGCCAGGCUGGAGAAGAGUCAUUCUCCUUUACCUCAAAGUCCACCUCCCCUGGUCUUGGCACUGGGUCUCCCACUUUGGCUCCAAACGCAACAGUUGAAGGUGCUAAACCCACCUCGACCACAGCCACUCUGAGGAUAGAGCCACAGCCUCCAAAGACAGCUGGUGGCGAGACUCUGGGCAUUUUUUCUGGACUAAGGGUGGGCCAAGGAGAAGAAGCUAAAGAUUCCUCCACCAAACCUGCUGUGGCAGCAUUUACAUUUGCGGACACUGGACUUGGCAAGGGCAAGGGAGCGACACAGUUUAGUUUUGGAACAGGUCUUCCAAAAUCUGGAGAAGAUUCUUCAGCACCAGACUUGUCCGAAGGGACCCCGUCAGGCAGUCUGUUUAAGCCUCCUGAAUCAAACGCCAAGCCAGCCUUCUCCGUUCCACAGUCUAGCUCAGCCAGCUCAGCUUUCGCCUCAUCUUUCAGUAGUCUUCUUGCAGCUGCACCAGAGACGCAAGAAGAACCAAAAGCUGUUCCUCAGUCUUCAGUACCUGCUUCGCCCCCUAUAAAAGAACCUCCCACCAGUGAACCUGAAGUAGAGAGCACCAGUCGUCCUGUGAUACCUGAACCUGCAGCACCUGCAACCACCCAGACCCCUGCAGUGUCAACACCUGCUCCUGCUUUGGCCGCACCUGCCCCUACCCCAGACCCUCCCUCGACUUUCACUGCACCAAAAGAAGUAAACCCUCCGGCACCAUCCAGUGCCCUGUCCACAACAGAAACCACCCCAGAGCCAUCUACCACUGCUACUGUACCCUCUUCAACUGCUGCCACCGCAGCACCUGUAUCUCAGGCAGCUCCACCAGCAUUCCAGAUCCCCACGUCUGACAAGCCAGGCUCCAUUUUUACUCAGCCCGCUCCUGCAACUACAGACAGUAGUUCUGUUGGAGUCACACCAGUUAUCAACACAGCUGCCCCAGCUGCAGCUACUCAAACCUCUACCGUUGUUAGUAGUGCAACAGUGACUGCUGUGAAUAACGUGUUUGGACAACCUGCUGCACCUCCAGCUUCCUCUGCACCAGCAUCAACAGGAUUCAGCUCAGCUGGGUUUGGUACAUCAGCUGGUUUUGGCAAAUCUGUGUUUGGCCAGGUUAGUGGCUUCGGCCAGCCUGCAAGCAACACUGGAACAUCGAGUGGAUUUACUUUUGGACAGUCUGCAUUUGGAGCGACUUCUAGUAGUGCAACUACUGGCGGAAGUCUUUUCGGUGCUUCUACUGCUACCAAUGCAAGUUCUUUCUCCUUCGGGACGAGCGGUGCUAACACAGUAAGCAGCACUGGCACUGGGCUGUUUGCACAAAGCACAAACCAGGCUUUUGGCCAAAGCUCUGGAUUUGGACAGGGAUCUGUGUUUGGGAGUAACACCACCACAUCCUCAUCUUCAGGAUUCAGCUUUGGACAACCGUCAGGUUUUGGCUGCUCUUCUGCCAACCCGGUGUUCGGCCAGCAGUCUAGCAGUGGAUUUGGACAGCAGCAGCCGUCAUCUGGGAGUCUCUUUGGUUCCAGUUCAGCCAAUACAGCAGUCUCAUCUGGUGGUGGAGGAUUUUUCAGCGGCCUAGGAGGCAAACCAAGCGAGGACGCUGCCAACAAGAAUCCAUUUGGCACCACCUCCUCCACUGGAGUGUUUGGACAGUCUGGUCAGACAGGUACCAACAGUCUCUUCGGUAAUAGUGGUGCCAAGACCUUCAGCUUUGGACAGUCCUCCUUUGGGGAGCAGAAACCUACAGGGACCUUCAGCACUGGUGCUGGAAGUGUAGCAUCCCAGGGCUUUGGCUCAUUCUCUACACCAUCAAAACCAGGUGGCUUUGGCAGUGCUCCGGUGUUUGGGAGUCCUCCUUCUUUUGGGGGUUCCCCAGCAUUUGGUGCUGGAGCAUCUUUUGGCUCAAGCCCUUCAUUCAGCAGUCCUAUUGGAUCAUCGGCUGGCAAAGUGUUCGGAGAGGGCACCGCGGCUGCCAACAUGGGAGGAUUUGGUAUCACAACCUCAGCACCUGCUCCGGUUUUCAGGUUUGCCCCACCUCCUAGCACUCCGUCCUUUGGUGCGCUAGCCGGUCAGAGCGCUCCAUCAUUCGGGAGCCUGGCCCAGCAGGGACCUGGGUUUGGAAGUCAGCCCAGCAGCUUUUCAGGUUUUGGACAACAGCCACAGCCAGGAGGAUUCUCUGGAAACACCUUUGGGUCUGCAAACCAAUCAAAUUCUCAAACAUUUUCCAGUUGGAGAAGCUAGUUUUUGUCUUUUAAACCACCUUGAGCUACUGUAGAUGCCACUGCGACAUUUCUUCUUCUUCACUUAAAGCUCUCUGGGCCAUACAUUGGGAGAAGCGCAAGGCUGCAUUGUGUUUGGGUUGGCUGCUCAUAGAGCAGACACAUGUUAUAACUUUUUGUGAUCUUAAUAUUUUCUUGGACACAGUUGAAUCAAGUUUUGACAUGUUUACAAGUAAAGAGUGUAUGGUUGUCUUCAUUGUCACAAUAUACACACAUCAAGGGUUGUUGCCUUACAAGUACAAUUUUUGCACUUUGAAAACAUGACUUAAAAAAAACCCUGAGCUUUACUUUCACUCUUUAACUUUGUAAAGCUGUUAAAACAACAUCCAGUCUACUUUUACGUUGCUGCCAAUGCAGACUUUGACAGAUUAGGUAUGUGUGAAAAAUGCAAAACUUGGAGGUGUGUAUUUAAUAGCAAAAACUGAUUUUAAAUUUUGACUUGUUGAAAUAAGACGUUUAAAAAAAAUUGUUUUUUGUUUUGUUUUCCCCCCCACUAAAUCCAUCCCUCGGAUGUGUAUUUUUACAUGGAAAACUAAGAAUAAACCAAAUAUUUCAAGUUUU